CUUUCUCCUCCUCCUCAAUUUUCACUUCUUCUUCUUCUUCUCAAAUUUCUCCAAUCUCGUUAUUCCGCGCCGCAUAUUCUCCUUCAAAUCCAGAGCCAGAUUCACUUUUUUUAAGCUCCAAAAUGGCGAUCGACGAGGACUUGGAGAGCUGCGGCAGCAGAGACGCUGCGUUCUCGUCGCAGGCGCAGGCGCAGCCGCGCCACCAGCGCCAGAAGCUCAAGGUCUACAACGAGGUGCUGCGUAGAAUUCAGGACUUCAAUUACGAGGAGGCCAGUCUUCCUGGAUUUGAUGAUCAGCUUUGGCUCCAUUUCAACCGCUUACCUGCUCGAUACGCAUUGGAUGUGAAUGUGGAGAGGGCAGAGGAUGUGCUUACACAUAAGAGAUUGCUGCAAUUAGCCGAAGACCCUGCUAACCAACCUGCCUUUGAAGUUCGCACGGUGCAGGUUUAUCCCAUGUACAAUGGGAAUGCUGGCGAUUCGGUUCAUUCAGAUUCUUCAAUGAAAGAAGAUGCACAGAGUUCUUAUAAUCAUAAUAGACAAGGGAUUCAUGCACCGCCUACCUUUGGUUCAUCUCCUAAUCUUGAGGCACUUUCACUUCUAGCCAAUAGAUCCCAUGUUGAUGAUGGAGACAGUGCAAUGAGCGCAACACCCUAUGUUACUAGGCCUAUGCAUGAGAUCACUUUUUCAACAGUCGACAAGCCUAAACUUCUUAGUCAGUUAACUUCAGUACUAGCUGAGAUUAAUCUGAAUAUUCAAGAAGCUCAUGCCUUUUCCACUGUUGAUGGAUUUUCUCUGGAUGUUUUCGUAGUUGAUGGUUGGCACUUAGAGGAAACUGAAGAACUCAAAAGGGUAUUGGAGAAGGAAAUUUCAAAACUAAAGGUUAGUUUUCUGCUCUUUUAUUGUAAUGAGGAUAACCAAAUAAAAACUGAGUCUUUCCCUGAUGCCCUACAAAUACCAACUGAUGGUAUUGAUGUAUGGGAGAUUGAUACAAAGCAGCUGAAAUUUGAGAAUAAAGUUGGAUCUGGAACAUUCGGUGAUCUGUACAGAGGCACAUUUUGUAGUCAGGAAGUUGCCAUCAAAAUUCUAAAACCUGAGCGUGUCAAUGCAGAGAUGCUGAGAGAUUUUUCACAGGAAGUUUAUAUACUAAGGAAAAUUCGGCACAAGAAUGUUGUGCAAUUCAUUGGUGCAUGCACUCAACCUCCAAACAUCUGCAUUGUGACCGAGUUUAUGUCCAGAGGAAGUGUUUACGACUUUCUGCAUAAACAAAAGGGUGUGUUCAAGCUUCCAUCUCUGCUCAAAGUAGCAAUUGAUGUUUCCAAGGGAAUGAAUUAUCUGCACCAAAAUAAUAUAGUCCACAGAGACCUUAAGACUGCCAAUCUUCUGAUGGAUGAACAUGAAGUUGUUAAGGUGGCUGAUUUUGGGGUUGCCAGAGUGCAAGCUCAAUCUGGAGUGAUGACAGCUGAAACCGGAACAUACCGAUGGAUGGCUCCUGAGGUCAUUGAACACAAACCGUACGAUCACAAGGCAGAUGUUUUCAGUUUUGGCAUAGUACUGUGGGAGCUUCUAACAGGACAACUCCCCUACUCAUUUCUGACCCCAUUACAAGCAGCAGUGGGUGUGGUGCAAAAGGCACUGCGACCUACAAUUCCGAAGAAUACAAACCCAAAGUUCGCAGAAUUGCUUGACAAAUGCUGGCAGCAAGACCCAACUCAAAGACCUGACUUCUCCGAAAUUGUAGAAAUCCUUCGACAUUUGGCCAAGGAGGUGGGAAAUGAGGGUGAAGACCGACACAAGGACAAGUCAUUUUUCUCAGCACUGAGAUGGGGCCAUCACUAAUCAGAGAUGAGAGAACUCCAUUUUUGUAUGCCCCAAGCAAUUACUGGGAUUUCACAUUGACCUCUCCAAGGGUGACGACAUACAAUUCUCGCUGUACAGUUUUUCCAAGCAACUACACAGAUUAUAAACUGUGUUUUACGGACUCGGUUUUUCUUAGUUUAACUAGUCCACUGACUGUAGCAAACUACCGGAGCCAUUAUCGAAAGAAAUUGUAAACAAAUACAUGCAAGAUCUUAUGGUAUAUUGCAGUUGCUUCCUGGAUGCAUUCUUGAAUGAACAGAUUUCAUAUUGAUAGUAAACUAUUAACAGUUUUGAACC